CGCCCGCACCGCGCCAUGGCCCCGCGCGCCCGGCGGCGCGGCCCGCUGCCCGCGCUGCUGGCGCUCUGCGCGCUGUUCACCGCGCUGCAGGUGACCUUCCAGGUCACUUCUCCAUGCCCCAGUGACAGGCAUUAUGAGCAUCUUGGGCGCUGCUGCAGCAGAUGCGAGCCAGGAAAGUACAUGUCCUCCAAAUGCACUACUACCUCUGACAGUGUGUGUCUGCCCUGUGGCCCGGAUGAAUACCUGGAUACCUGGAAUGAAGAAGAUAAAUGCUUGCUGCAUAAGGUUUGCGAUACAGGCAAGGCCCUGGUGGCCGUGGACCCCGGCAACCGCACGGCCCCGCGGCGCUGCGCCUGCACCGCCGGUUACCACUGGAGCCAGGACUGCGAGUGCUGCCGCCGCAACGCCGAGUGCGCGCCAGGCUUCGGCGCCCAGCACCCCUUGCAGCUCAACAUGGACACGGUGUGCAGGCCUUGCCACGUGGGCUACUUCUCAGAUGCCUUUUCUUCCACAGACAAAUGCAAACCCUGGACCAAUUGUACCAUCCUUGGAAAGACAGAGGAACAUCCUGGAACGGAGAAAUCAGAUGUGGUUUGCAGUUCUUCUCUGCCAUCUAGAAAACCACCAAAGGAACACCGGAUUUACUUGCCCAGUUUAAUUGUUCUGCUUCUCUUCAUAUCUGUGGCCUUAGUUGCUGUUGUCGUCUUUGGUGUUUACCAUAGGAAAAAAGGGAAAGCACUAACAGCUGAUUUGUGGCACUGGAUCAAUGAUGUUUGCAGUCAUCUAAGUGGAAAUAAGGCGUCCUCCGGCGACAGCUGUAUCAGCGCUCCCUCGGCGGGCUCUAGUCAGUGUGAAGUGUGUGAAGGUGUCUUACUGCUGACACUGGAGAAGAUGAUUCCAGAAGCCGUGUGCUGUGCAGACGGUGCUGCCAUCUGUGGGGAUGCGUGUGCAGGAGGUGAGCCCUGUGCACAGGGCGAAGAUGCCAGGAUGUUCUCCUUGGUCAGCGAGGUGGAGAUGGAGGUGGACCCCAGCAGGCAGGUUCCCACGGAAGACGAGUACAUGGACAGGCCCUCGCAGCCCGCAGACUGCCUACUGCUACUGACCCAGCCUGGAAGCAAAUCCGCAGCCCCUUUCCCUGAGCCCCUGGAGGUGGGGGAGAAUGACAGUCUAAGCCAGUGCUUCUCAGGGACGGAGAGCACGGUGGAUUCAGAGAGCUGCAACUUCAUGGUGCCCCCGGGCAGAACUGACUGGAUUCCUGUGUCCCCCGAAAAGUACUUGCAAAAAGAGGUGGAGGGUGGCAGUUGUGCCCCCUGGGCAGCCAGCUCCAGCGUGGGGGACAGCUACUCAGGAUGUGGGAACCCUCCUGGGGAGGACCAUGAGCCCCUGAUGGGUUCUCUGAAACACGGACCUUUGCCCCAGUGCGCCCAUGGCAUGGGCCCUCCCUCCGAAGAAGAGGCUGGUAGUGCAGAGGGGGCAGACCAGCCUGCGGACGGGGCUGACGGGCGGCCGCCAAGCUCAGCCAGGGGAAGUGCUGGGUCUGGAACCUCCCCCAGUGACCAGCCACCUGCAUCUGGAAACGUGACUGGGAACAGCAACUCCACGUUCAUCUCCAGCGGGCAGGUGAUGAACUUCAAGGGCGACAUCAUCGUGGUCUACGUCAGCCAGACGUCGCAGGAGGGCGCGGCGGGGCCGGGGGCCGCGGCGGAGCCGGUGGGCCGCCCGGUGCAAGAGGAGACGCUGGCGCGCCGCGACUCCUUCGCGGGCAACGCGCCGCGCUUCCCGGACUCGUGCGCGGGCGCCGAGGCGCGGCUGGGCGCGGGGCUGCAGGAGCAGGGCGCGCCGGGGCCCGAGAAGGCCUCGCGGCCGGUGCAGGAGCAGGGCGCGGCCGCGUGAGCGCCGCCAGGCCGGCCCUCGGCGUCGCCAGCCCCGAGGCGGACGCCCGGUGUCGCCUCCCGCCGCGCGGUGGCACCUGCAGCCGCCGCCCUCCUCCGGACCCCGCCACGGAUCGGUACACUAGUGCGCAAUGCCCGGCACCCUCUGCGCACCUUGCUCUUCAGAAAACCAGUGACUGCAAAAGGGAAAUGUACGGUGACCACGCCGAGGUCCACGGCCGCGGGUCCGCUCGCCGCGCAGGUGCCCGCCGCCUGCCGUCUGUGCGCCCUUACUUCCCUGUAACUCUCCUCCCACUCCCGCCACACGUUACCUUUCAAACAGUAACUUGUCCCUUUUGACAUGUUUUAUGACUGCCUCGUUCCAGCCAGGUCUUUCUUUCCCCCCAUAUUUAUAUUUCACUUUCUUUCAUACCAUGUUUCUUGAUACUCCCUCCCCACCAUUUGUUUUCUCCAAAAUCAUCCUGGAGGUGACAGUCUCCUUUACUUCUUCUCUUUCGCACGCCUUCUCUUCUCACAGUGUUCUUCUGAUGGCUUUCCCGGCUGUGUGCCUAACCACUUUCAGGGGAUGGCUAGGCACUUUAAACCUAGAGUGAGGUGCAGCAAACGAGUGGAGGGACUCAUUUUCUGAGAAAGACAUUCUAUGUUCUCAUUUUUCUAAAAGGAAGAAAAUGGUAAAUCCCAUUUUCUCCCUGAAUGUUCCCCCUCCCCCGCCAUGCCCACCCCUGAUACUGGGGAUUGAACCCAGGAGGUGCUCUACCACGGACCUACACCCCCUACUCUUUUUUAUUUGGGGAAAGGGUCUUCCUAACUGAGGCUGGCCUUUAGCUUCUGAUUCUCCUGCCUCGGCCUCCAGAGUAACUUGGAUUACAGGCCUGCCCCGCCCCCCACUCCCACCCCGGCCUGGGGACCACACACCAUGUUUUUAAAUUUGUCUAGAUCCUUAAGCAGAAUUAAACUCAGUACCUGGCCUUGCCCAAUACCGGCUUUACUUGUCCACACUGGCAGAGGUAACAGGUACUUGGCAACUAAGUAUGUAAAAGUUCAAGUUGCUGCAUCUUGGCAUUCUUAUUACUGAGGUCCCUCUGGAAAAGAUGUAGAAAAUGAGUAGGACACAAGGCCAGCCUGCUUACAAAGUGAAAGGAAGGUGCCAGGAAAAUUCAAGAAAGAAUGAAUAAGUUGACAUAUUAAUUUGCAUUUUCUCUUUCUAGAUAUGAAUGCCAUAAAUGUGUUUUGGCACUGGGCUGUAUUUUCCUCCUCAAUCCUUGUGCAUCUCUAACUUAGACUUGUAGAAGUACAAAACAUUCCUGCUAUUUUCCAGGGCAUAUAAAUUGCAAACAAAUCCUCAUGUUGUGAAUGUAGGAAAAUUUAUUAUCCUACGGGUUCAUCUCUUGGCAUUGGUUGUCUUGUGAGGAAACAGUGUUAAGUCAGACCAGGAGUCGCCUGGGGAUUUAUCCACUUCAGUGGCCAGUGAGCAUUGGUGCUCCUCACACACUGAAGAAAAAGUAAAUCCCCUGAGCAAAUUAAAAGUAAUUUUGCACAUCUAGUAGUGGUAAUGGUGGUCGCUGUGCAGACUUUACCAAUCAUAAGGAUCCAGCUAAAGAGAAUGACCACCCCUCCCUGGCUUCACCUUCCUGGUUGCCAUUCUCCUGGAAAGGCUGGGGCAGCCCGAGAGGGGGAGGGGCAGUUGAUUGUGAUUCUAAUAGAGAAACAAAGAAGGGCUCCUUCAUGGCAUAAAGAACUGUGGGAAAUAACUGCAGUGCCAGGAUGAUCUGUUGGUGGGAAUUUACCAUCUGUUUUGCCCUUUUAGUGAAAGUCCAUCCAGAGAGAGAUGUUCACAAAUGGAAGAAACCUCUGUUCUUUUUGAUAUGGAAUAUAUAAAACAAAGUUAUAAGUUUACAAAGUAGGCUGCUGAGCUAAAGACCCUUUUCUACUCUGACUGUCUUCAUCUCGCUGAGAUGAUUUUGCCUGCCUGUGCUUUCAUUUUCUUUCUAUAAAGAGGCAAUAAUGAUAGUUUAUCAUGUUUUCCCUCCCAGAGUUAUUGAAAGGAUGCUACAGUGAAUGCUAAAGUGCCUUGAGCUCCUUAAGUCAGAGGUGCUAUAUAAAUACUCUAUUUUCAGAAAAAGGUAACAUUCUUUCCCACAUGGAUCCCUACUGAUUCUGUAUUGUUCCUCAGGCAAUUAAAUGAUAGGAAAUGUGUAGCAAAUACCCAUCUAUGUCUGUGAAUUAUGGAGAUGUAUGUGACAAAUGUAAACAGAAUGAAAUGAAGACAAUAAUGCACAAUUACUUGGGGGAUGUGAUAAAGAGAUUAUUAAACUUAUAUUUGACCAUCGGA